ACAAAAAAAAAAAAGCUUCGUCCAAGUUCGAUUUGUUCGAAGUUUCCGAGGCCACACGGCCUCGCCGUCUCCCCCUACUUCACCGUGGACGCGGUGAUGGCUCCGCCGCGCCUCUCACCCCCACUUCGCCACUCCCAUCGGAACCACCAGCGAAUCCCAGUAGCGAGGACGCGAGUGCGCCGCCACAGCCUCCACGAACCCCCUCCCUGCCCAUCUCCGGCGUCGAUCCGCUCCGAAUGGCUUCACCGUCCGCGGCAGCGGCGGCUGCCGCGGCAGCGGCGGGUUGGCUGGUGUCGCCGCUGCUGCAGUGCCUGAGCGACCGGGCCACGUCCUGCGCCGAGGACCUCACCCGGUACCUCCCCGGAGGAGCGGGAGACGCGCACGCCGACCUCGCGCGCCUCUCCGACUGCCUCCUCCGCCUGCACGCGUCUGCCUACGCCGUCGAGCGCGCCCGGCGCCGCCCCUUCGACCCGAGCCUCGCCGCCUGGCUCCGCCGCCUCAAGGACGCCGCGGACGACGCCGACGACCUCCUCGAUGACAUCACCCACGACCGCCUCGCGGAAUCCCUCGCCGCCCCGCGCCCUAAGCUCCGCCGCAUCCUCGAUUACUCCCGCUCCCUCUGCCGCCGCCUAUUCUUCUCCGAUGACCCGCUCACUCGUCUCCCCUCCGUCCUCGAGAGGCUCGAGGCCGCCUCCGCAGCCAACAACGGGGUCGUCCACCUCAUCAUCCAGCUCUCCGCAGCCACCUCUCCGCAGCCCGGAAGCCCGCUCGCCCGGAAAUUUAGCUCCGCCAUCCCGGACGACAGCACUCUCUUUGGCCGAGGCCGCGAGCUUGCCAGUCUGCUGGAAAGAUUAGUUGGGUGUAAUGGUCCUGCUCAACAAGGGAACCAGUCUGCCAUCCCUGUUGUUGCAAUUGUCGGCGAUGGCGGCAUUGGAAAGACGACGCUGGCGCAGAUGGCCUUCAAUCAUUUGAACAUCCAGGUUCACUUCGAGGUCCGGAUGUGGGUGUGCAUGUCGAGCUGUAUGGAUGUGAUGGAGCUUACUAGGAAGAUAUUGCAGCAGGCCACAACAGAGGAAAAGGACUAUGGUGGGGUAGUCAGUUUUACUAAAUUGCAAGAUUUGCUGAUUUCCGCCGUUGCAGGGAAGAGGUUCUUGCUCAUCCUUGAUGAUGUUUGGGAUGACAAUUGGACGAAACUUUGCGAGAACAUGGACUGGUGGAGGACCCUGCUAGCACCUCUGCAGAAUGGUCAGCAAGAGAGCAGAAUAGUUGUGACUACGCGCAUGAAGAGGGCCGCUGACAUGCUAGGUGCAAGGAUCCCCCCAAUCACGCUGCUUGGGUUGGGUGCUGAAGAACAUUGGCUAUUGCUCAAAAAGUUUGCGCUGGGCUGUGAGAAGAGCUGUGAGUAUCCACAAUUGCAAGAAAUCGGGAGGAAGAUUGCUUUGAAGCUUAGAGGAUCCCCUCUUGCAGCCAAAGUAACUGGCAGGAUGCUUAGUGAUACUCAAAGUACAAGGGAAUGGAUCAGUAUCUUGGAGGCAGAUAUUCAUGGUGAUAUUAUCUCCACACUUUUGGCAAGCUAUUAUCAUCUGCCACCACCCUUGCAGUGUUGCUUCGCAUAUUGCAGUAUAUUUCCCAAGAAUUGGAAAUUUGAGCCUAAGAAACUUGUUAGGAUGUGGAUAUCACAGGGUUUCAUUCAGAUGGAAAAUGGCAGAAGCAUGGAGGAUAUUGGUAGGGAGUAUUUCAAACAACUUUUGUCAAGAUCAUUCUUUCACACACUCAAGCGAGGAAGCAAAAUGCUCUAUGUCAUGCAUGACUUGAUUCAUGACUUGGCACAGAUGGUUUCUGAUGGUGAUUGCAUGAGGAUAGAAGGUGACAUGUCCAAAAGUGUACUGCCAACUGUUAGACACCUGUCUGUUUCAAGUAAGUCUUUAGGGCAGAUUAUGAACCAAUAUGACUUGAAGAGACUGAGGACACUAAUUGUAUUUAGAGAUCCUUUGAUGCCUCCGAGUCCUAUCCCAAAUGGUUUUCUUGCCGGGAUAAAGAAUGUGCGCACGCUGGAUUUUUCUGGAUGUGAUAUAUCUGAAUUACCUGAAGCAAUUGGCCUACUAACUCAUCUGCGCUACAUGGCACUUCCUGAUACUAUCAAAAUCUUACCUGAAUCUGUGAGCAGAUUACUGCAUCUUCAGACUUUUGAUAUCCCAAAGAAGUGCCAAUUCGAUAGAUUUCCUGAGGGUAUGCACCAGUUGGCCAGCUUGCGUCAUCUUAGCAUAGAUUCAAAGUACAUCUCAAUGAUAAGAGGUAUUGGUAGUCUGGUUAACCUUCAAGGUUCUGUUGAAUUUCAUGUUAAAAAGGAAAAGGGGCAAACUUUAGAAGAGCUGAAAGAUAUGAACAAUCUUCAUGGGGUUCUUAGCAUCCAGAAUCUGGAAAAUGUUCAAUGCAGGGAAGAAGCUUGCAAAGCUCAAUUGGCCAAAAAGCGGUAUGUGCAGAUUUUAAAACUUGAAUGGAGCUUUGCUAAUACAGGUUUUGGUCCCACCAUGGAUGCUGAUGUAUUGGACUGCUUACAACCUCAUCCCAACCUGGAAGAACUUCACAUCACACGGUACGAAGGGGUACCAUCACCGCGGUGGUUGGAGAUGAAAACGCUGUUCCACCUGAAAUCCUUAUAUCUAGCUAACUGCAGAAGGUGGAUGUUGCUUCCUUCUCUGGGGCAUCUUCCAUUUCUGAGGGUGCUGCACCUUAAGGAGAUGAGUUCUGUUAUUGAAAUUGGCUUGACAUUCUAUGGUGGCUCGAUGGCAUUUCCAUCACUAAAUGAUCUUGAAUUUGAUGACAUGCCAAAUUUAGUUUGUUGGAAAGGAGGAACCAGUAACUCUUUUUUCCCUUCCCUUCAAAAGUUGAAGAUUUCAGACUGUCCAAAAUUGGUUGAAGUGCCCUUACUUUCUCAUACAAUAAAAAGGCUGGCAGUAGAACGGAGUCAAAGAAUUUCACAUCUCAAGUUGUCCCCUUAUUGCUCAUUUGGAUCAAGCAAAUUCACAUUGGAAAUUUCUUCGGCAAGCAUUCUGAGUGAAGGGUUCUUACAUCAGCAACACCUUGAAGCUACUGAGGUGUUAAACAUUAGGGGCUGUUGGGGAUCAGUGACUGCUGAAAAUUUUCAGGUAUUAAGAUCACUAAGAAAACUACGGCUGUGCCAGUGUGACAUGGAUGGUGCAAGACUGAAUUCGUGUUUGCAGCAUUUAACUGAUCUUGCUUUCUUAGAGAUAAUUGAGUGCCAGAAUAUCAUGUCUUUUGUCUUGCCAGUUGGAUCAAGAUAUUCUACAACACUUCAGCACUUGUGCUUCGAGGGUUGCCAGAAUAUUUCCUCCUUGGCUACCUUGGAAAGCUUCACUUUCCUAAAAAGUUUGAUCAUUGAGAGGUGUCCAAGGGUCACAGCAGAGUCCUUACCUUCUGAACUGAAGAGAAUGAUAUCUCUUAAUAAACUGAGUAUAUCACAUUGCUCAGGGUUUGAGUCAUUACCGAGCAGUAUCCCGCAGUCCCUGGAAUUUCUUCAUUUGGUUGGGUGUGACCCGAGGUUGACUGAAGCGUUACUUGAGAGGCAAGGUCCAGAGUGGGAUAAGGUUGCCUUUAUCUCCCAGAUCACACUAUACUAAAUGUAUGCCUUGUGUCGCUAGUUGUUACACGGCAAGCUCUCUUAUAAAAUAAUGGUCGAUUGAAUGAUCUUUUAGAGAGUCA